AUGAAAGAGGAAGCAGCGUCUCGUAUGGAGGACUGGCCUGAGGUCGAGCAUGAUCUUUCCUUGACACAAGAGGACUGGGUCGAGCGCCUCUACACUCCAGGCGAGCCAGGCGAAGAGUACUGCGAUAAAGGCAAAGACUACACGUUUUGCACCACCAAGCUCCAAGGCCCCUGGGGUGACAGCAUUCCUCAGAACGGAACCAAUUGCCUCUUGGUGUCGUUGCUUUGCCGCCACCAUUAUCGUAUAGUUUUGGCAAUGCUCGAAUUACAAUACCCGAUUGUGUUUUGCUAUGGGCAGAGCAACACCAACACAGCCAACUUUGAGGCAUUUUCAUGUCCACAACUGAGAGUGUUUCCCCCUUGCUACAACAGGAAGUUCAGCAGGUAA